UUCUCCAUCCUUUUUUAAAAACCUGGUCAAUCUGAGAGCCUGAGCCUCCUCAGGUCAGUAGCCAAUGUGCUACAAAAGGGGUUGGAGAGGUCUCAGCCUUGUCCCCAGUCUCCUAAGCCCCAGGAUGUCAUAUCUGAUUCUCCUUAAUAACUUAGAUGUGGGAGCUGUUCCAUCCUCAGCUAUAAACUGGGCUGGAAGGAGCUGGUGCGCCUCCGCCCAUUAACUGCCCAUCAUGGCUAAGAUAGCAAGGAGAAAAGGGUGCUGGGAUCCUAGUUUUCCUUGGCAGCUGUUUCUUCCCUCCCUCCCUGUCUCAUGGGGCUCAUAUGAACCUAAACUGGCCACGUAGCAGAGGUGCGGGAAUUACAGGUGUGCACCAUCAUGUCUGGUCCUGUGCAUGCUGGGGUUUGAACUCAGAGCUUCAUGUAUGUAUGUUAGAUGCCCAGCACAGUGAUGUUCUAGAAUCUAAAGGUUGCUUGGCUAACAGGACAUCUUUUCAUCAGAACAAAAGGACCAGCCCCUCUGCUUCUGAUGGAACAGGUCUGAGAGUCACGGAGUCCCCAGGCCUUCCCAGGGUGUUGACUCCCCCUGACAAGGCUGCAGAGCUGGGUCAAAAGACCUCCUCCUCUUCGUCCUCCUCCUCUUCCUCUGCACAGUCUAAUCGCUCCUCGAAAGUUUCACUGCCUGAAAUCCAUAAGGAAAAAUAUCCCGAGGAAUUCAGCCUGCUCAAGUCUCAGACAAAAGAUGGGCAGCGUCCUGAGUGGUCAUUUUAUCCACGGUUCAGCAGCAACAUCCACACCUACCACGUUGGAAAGCAGUGCUUCUUCAGUGGGGUCUUCCGGGGCAACCGGAGGUCUGUGGCAGAAAGGACAGUGGACAAGAGCCUCGGCAAGAAGAAAUACGAUAUUGACCCCAGAAAUGGAAUCCCCAAAUUGACACCAGGGGAUAAUCCGUACAUGUUCCCAGAACAGAGUAAAGAGUUCUUCAAAGCAGGAGCAACUCUGCCGCCAGUGAACUUCUCACGGGGACCUUAUGAGAAAAAAUUCGACACAUUUAUCCCACUUGAGCCACUUCCGCAAAUUCCCAAUUUGCCUUUCUGGGAGAAGGAAAAGGCCAACAAUUUGAAGAAUGAGAUAAAAGAAGUUGAGGAGCUUGAAAACUGGCAGGCACCAAUGCCCUUCCUACACGGUUUUUUCUCUGCUGGUUCUUCCAACAUUUCAAGACAACACUGAGCAGAGACAUGAGCCCCAAAGCAUGUGCUGACUGCCCUCCCAGCCAGCCUCUGCCAUUGCUGUUUUUUGUUUUUUGUUUUUUUUUUUUUUUAAAUCUUGCUUUUGACAUUGUCUCUGUCCUAAACCAUUUGUUUGACUCUAAUGAGGAAUCACUGUUUGGCCUUGUUUAACACUCAACUGUGAAACCUUUCAACAUGUGUAGCAAAGUUGCACUAACCAUAAAGCAGACACUUGGGUGUCCUCAUCUAGACUCUCCCAUG